UGUACACAGAUACAAACAGAGAAAGUGAUGAACCAGUUAGUUGCAGUUACACAACUCAGUCACAAGAUGGCGGAAGUCUGCGUUAUGAACAGAGGCAGGCAGUCGUUUGUUUACACUUGUUGCAAUGGCGACCAUCACUGAACUCAAGUGCGCCGUGAGAGAGACGCUGGAGUCCCGCGGCGUGCUGGGCCAGCUGAAGGCUCGGAUCCGGGCGGAGGUGUUCAGCGCCCUGGAUGACCAGCGUGAACCUCGUCCGCCGCUGUCGCACGAAAACCUGCUGAUCAACGAGCUCAUCCGGGAGUACCUGGAGUUCAACAAGUACAGAUACACGGCGUCAGUGCUGACAGCGGAGUCAGGCCAACCUGAAGUUCCCUUGGACAGACAGUUCCUGGCAAAUGAACUGAAAGUUACAGAGGACGCAGGCUCCAAGUCUGUACCUCUUCUCUAUGGCUUAGUGAGCCACUUUGUGAACAGUGAUGAAGGUGGGAAGGCGUUUGUCCGGGGAGCCUCUCUGCCAGCUGGUGCGACUGCCAGCAGCACAGUGCCUGGACCUGAAGCCUAAUAGUCGAUGCGCUGAUCACUAGAACAGCAUGGACUUAAAAGACCCUUUUACACUCCAAUACAUGACAAAAACGUUGGAUUUUAGAGAUAUAAUCUCCUUCUCCAUGUUUUUUCACACUGUUUUCACCUGAGUUUAAUCUACAGGGAUUACAAUUCUGCUGAGCUGAUAAAAAUGCUCAAAGCCUUUGUAUUGUUGUUUACUGUAAAAUGCCAAUGAUCCCUGAUGGCCUUUCUUUUUUUUUUUGUAUAUAUGGUUUUACGUUUGGCACCAGUCAAGGUGGCAGUGCAGUAAUUCAGAGGUUUGUUUGCUCAAUAAUUCAGGUUUGAUACUUUUACAUUGUCUUUUAGUUGCUAAAAAAUAAAUGCUUUAUAUUUAUCUGUUA